GAUUGCGCAGGCGCGGUGUGUAACAGCUUCGAGGCCCCUGUGGCGGCUGAGGAAGUGGCGCGGCAUGGCCGCCCGACAGAAGCCGUUGGGUGUGGAGCCCGAGGGACCAGCAGUCCGGCUCCACAAGCCUCAGGGGGCCGGAGGGCAGAAUGUGUCCACACAGAAAAUCGAAGACUUAAUGGACAUGGUGAAAAAGUUGCAGAAAGUGGGAAGCCUAGAGCCCCGGAUCGAGGUCCUGAUUAACCGCAUUAAUGAGGUUCAGCAAGCAAAAAAGAAAGCCAGUGAGGAGCUUGGAGAGGCCCAGACUGCCUGGGAUAGCCUGCAGAAGGACCUGGACUCUUUACAUGAAGAGAAAGUACGUCUGAAGGAUAUCUUGAACAAAAAGCAAGAGUCCCUGAGGAUGUUUCGGCUGCAGUGUCAGGAGAAGGAAAGUGAGACACGAAGGAAGCACAGCGUAUUACAGGAAUGUAAAGAGAGAAUUUCUUUCCUGAACUCCCAGAUCGACAAUGAGAAGGGCAGACUAAGAAAACUGAGGUUGGAGUUUGAACAACAGCUGGAGGAUUUGAUGAGCCAGCACAAGGACCUCUUGGAGUUUCAUAAGCCUGAACAUCUGGAGGAGGAGAUAUGUGCUUUGGACAGCAGCAAGGAGCAGCUACUCAAGGAAGAGAAACUGAUCGAAGUAAAGCUGGAGGAUGUGAAACAUCGGCUCAGUACCCUCUGUGGGCCUGAGGGGUCUUCCAACCUCACUGAGGGGCUCUUCCUCCGAAGUCAUGAGGCAGCUGCAGCAAUGCAGCUGUUCAAGGAGGAGAACAAGAAAGCUGAGGAGCUCCUAAAUGCUGCAGCUCAGCACCACCAGCAGGUGCAGGAGAGGUGCCAACAGCUGCAGCAGAAACGGCAGAAGCUGAAAGAAGAACUGGAAAAACGUGGGGUACAGAUCCUUGCUCAAGGUCAGAGUAUGCAGGAUGAAGGAGACAGCUCAUGGAGGAUGGCCAGUCCCAAGUCCCUAGAAGUCCAUGAGGAGAAGGACCAAGAGCACCCAACAAGCAGGACCUGAUACCCUCCUUGACAUACCAACCCCACACUCAUCAUAUGGAGCUGUUGAAAUAAAGGGCCUAUUUUGUAUAGUUUGCUUCAUCUGAGUAUGUGCUUAGUGGAAGAAUGGGUGUUGGGGCCAAGCCCCUCAAAUCGUUGAACCUGGAGAUAUCUUGGCUCAAUUUUGAUUCUUAAUGAGCUUAGGGUCCAAAAUGCAUGUCCUUAGUAAAUGCUCACCUUGAGUAUCUGGCACACUCUUCUGAUCCUGGGCAGAAGAAUACAGAUAUGGACCUUCUCACAGGAUCUGACUCUAUCCAUAAUUUAAUUCCUUCAUAUAGGCCCAAGAUAGCAUUGACUUAGAAACAAAAGGAAGAUAAUUACCAGCUCUUUCUUCAUGUUGGAAUCCACCUCAUUCUUUAAGCAAAAUAAAUGUAAUUUGAAUCUGUA